AUGAUGUUCAUGAGUCAUGUUUCGAUUGAAACAACUUUGGUUGACAGCUUAGCAAGAUUUUCUUACUUGUUGUGUUAUGAAAUUGUGCAAAUUGUAAGAAGGAGAAAGAUUGAAUUAAAAUGUCUGUCAGAAGGAACAAAAGCACAUUCCAAACAACCAUUAAAACCUUUUCUACGACGUGAGCUUUACGAGCUUUCAAAACGAUAUUAUUAUGCAGCUCAUAAUUCACCAAAAGUAUCAGCUCAAAGCUUACAACAACUCAUAUUAAUUAACGUCAUCAAUUAUUGGGAUUUUGUACAGCAUCAAGCAACAGCAGCGAAUGGAUGGGAUUGUGAAUCUUACUGGUUUUAUCGUGUUAUUUUUGAUUGGACAUGGAUGCAACAAAAUGCAAUUUGUUGGUUUAUGACGUAUUUAGUUAUUGAUUGA